AAUCUGAUGAAGAAAAAUGUUUCCGUCUCUUCUCCGCUAACUAAUUUCCUCAACCACCACCUCUUUCUCUAACAAAUCUGGUUGAAAUUUUUGGGGUUGAUUGUUAUGCAACAAUCGUCUUCUUCUCCACCACCGCAAUCGGAAAGGCCACCGCCACUUGGCGUGCAGUGGACCAAGUUGACAGAGAUGGACGUACAUCCUGCGGUGGUCGAAGGGGAUCCGACAUCGUUGUCAUCCGUCUGGGACUGGGACGAUCUUCUGAACUUCACCAUUGAUGAUCACUUUCCUGUCUCUUUUGAUUCGGAGAAUUUGGCUCCUCCUCCGGUUGAGAUGGUGCCGGAAGUCGGGAGCCAGGAUUCUGGUACGGACCGGGUCAGGAAGCGGGACCCGAGGAUGAUAUGUUCGAAUUUUCUUGCUGGUCGGGUUCCCUGCGCGUGCCCUGAGAUUGACGAGAAGCUGGAAGAGGAGGAAGCAGGGAUGCCGGGGAAGAAGCGGCCUCGGACUGUUCGGGGCGGGCAAGGUACAGCUCGGUGCCAGGUUCCAGGAUGCGAGGCGGAUAUUAGGGAGCUGAAGGGGUAUCACAGGCGGCAUAGGGUCUGUCUUCGGUGUGCGAAUGCCACUGCCGUUUUGAUUGACGGAGAGAACAAGAGAUACUGUCAACAGUGUGGCAAAUUUCAUGUCUUGUCAGAUUUUGAUGAAGGUAAAAGGAGUUGUCGAAGAAAACUAGAGCGCCACAACAAUAGACGACGGAGGAAACCUGUUGAUUCAAAAGCUUCUGUUGACAAAGAACCUCAAGGAGCCGCGCAAAAUGAAGACAUUGAUUGUGAUGUUGAGGCAGGAAGAGAUGGUUUAUGUUUGAGCAGCCAGAUAGAGGAUCUAGAAAUUCCCAUUGAGUCUGAAGAUGGACAUGUUUCUGCUGUCCACUCAGAUCCUACAUUGCAGAAUGUUAACGGUGAUGGUGUUGUAUCUUUUGUGGCCUCUGGAAACACUGAAAUGGAUAGACGAAAAGAUGAUUCUAAGUCUUCACUCUCCCCUUCUUAUUGUGACAACAAGACUGCUUACUCAUCUGUGUGCCCUACAGGCCGGAUCUCAUUCAAACUUUAUGAUUGGAAUCCAGCAGAAUUCCCAAGAAGACUUCGGCACCAAAUAUUUCAAUGGUUGGCCAAUAUGCCAGUUGAGUUGGAGGGUUACAUCCGCCCUGGUUGUACAAUCUUGACUGUGUUUAUUUCAAUGCCAAAGGAUAUGUGGGUGAAGUUAUCUGCAAAUCCAGGGCCCUAUAUUGAUGACUUUGUCCUUAAACCUGGGAGAAUGUUAUAUGGGAGAGGCUUCAUGACUGUUUAUUUAAACAACAUGAUUUUUCACACUAGAAAAGAUGGAACUUCCAUGAUGAAAGUCAAUGUGAAGGUGGAGGCCCCAAGACUUCACUAUGUUCAUCCUGCAUGUUUUGAGGCUGGCAAGCCAAUGGAAUUUGUUGCCUGUGGUAGUAAUUUGCUGCAACCCAAAUUUCGGUUUCUAAUAUCUUUUGCUGGAAAGUAUCUAGCAUACGAUUAUUGUGUCGCAUCCUCACAUGUUGAAACUGGAGGAGAAUCUCUUAUAUGUGAGCAUCAGCUAUACAAGAUACAUAUCCCUCACACUGAACCAGAUCUCAAGGGUCCUGCUUUCAUUGAGGUUGAAAAUGAGUCUGGGUUGUCAAACUUCAUCCCUAUACUGAUUGGAGACAAAGAAACUUGUUCUGAGGUGAAGUUAAUACAGCAGAAGUUUGAUGCAUCUCUCUUUCCAGAAGGAUCAAAACCUGUGGCUAUUAGUGGUCUGUCUAAGUUGUGUGAGGUUUCAGCUUUGAGACAAGCAGCAUAUUCUGAACUUGUUUUAGAUAUAGCAUGGUUAUUGAGGGAGCCAACAUUAGAAAAUCUUCAAGAGUUUAUGAUGUCUUCUCAAAUUAAAAGAUUCAAUUGUUUAUUGAAUUUUCUAAUACAGAAUGAAUCAGCCAUCAUUUUGGGUAGAAUAUUAGGAAAUCUGAAGAUUAUGAUGGACAAGAUGGGAUUAAAUGGUGCAGUUAGUGGCAUAAAUGAUGCUGAUAUGAGGUUAUUGCAGAAAUAUGUGGAUGAUGCACAACUUAUCCUUAAUAACAAACUUCAGAAAAGUGAAAGUUCAGCUUUUCUGUCAGAGUAUAACAUAAUAGAAAGCUAUUGUUGCCAAAGCAGCUCUGAGGGUGAGAAGUUGUCAGUUGUUCCAAUUGGGGAACCAAUUGUUGACCAGGAGUUGGAGACAAGAACAAAAGGUAGAUGGGGAAUGUUGUUGGGAUCAAAUACUCCUCAUAGAACUGAGACUCUUCCACUUCUAAACAAAGAAGUUGUGAUGAAUGUGAAUGUUAGCAAGGAAUGGCCAAGAAAAUCAUGUAGUCCUGUUUUCUCCACCACAGCCUGGGGAUCUCGUCCUACUGUAUUUCUAAUUGCUACUGUUGCUGUUUGUUUUGGGAUAUGUGUUGCAAUUCUCCAUCCACAAAAGCUUGGUGAGUUUGCAGUAACAAUAAGGAGAUCUUUGUUUAACAAGUGUAAGAUGUGAAACGAGGCCCCUGAACCAAACAAUUGCCGUGGAUCUCCUUGUAUGUACUUAUCUCCUGUAUGUGAAACUAGAUCUGAUCGUGCUGUCCAGAGCCUAGAGCUUUGUCACAUGAAUGUGCUGGCUGACAUGACAAUUUUGAUUUCACGGUACUGGUUCACCUUGUUGACUCCAAUCCUUGUGUUGGAUGUCCUGAUGGUCAUCUGCCAGAACCAGAACCUUGGUAUUUCCAUCUAAGAUUGAGAUGACAAUAACUGUUCUUUGUUUAGCACAAUCAGUCUCUGAUCUCCGCUCAUUUGAAGCAUGAAGAGUUUAUUUUGAGUUGCAGGUUUCUGAUAUUUACUUCUGUUGUACUAGUGCAAUAUUUAGAAAGGUUAGAUGACAUUCAGCUUGUAUUGCUCACCUCAGUGUUUAUGCUCGGUUCUACCCGUCUGAUUAAUGGACAAUCGAGAAUUUUACUAGGUAUGAAUCAGGCCACUUCCGACAUGUGGAUUGUCUGUACCAUGAGUGAGGGGCCUCUCUGUUAUGCUCCUAAAUCUCCAUUUUCUGUUAAAAUGUAUGAAAUUCUCUCUGUAUCAUUUUUUAUUUGUAAUGGCUGAGCUCUAUGGAUGUAAAUUCAGAAAAACAGACCGUUGAUAAAACAAGCCAAUCCUU